AUGUCGUCGUACAAAGACGAGGUACAGUCACGACGGACGCCUCGCGAGGGCGUUCAGGAGGACAAAGGCAAAAGCGGCGGCGAGCGGAACGAACCCCGUCCCGGAGACUACACCCAGUUUGAGCGACUGCCGCCCGGUGGCCCCCUCAACCGCUGGUCCCAGGUCAUCACGCGCGGCCAUGACUUUCCCGGCGCCCAACUACUAGACCCAGCCCUCGGCAUGCGGGCAGCCCGAGUCGGUGACGCGCUGAGGGGUAUCCCGGGUAGGGCAAUGCUGUACGGCGCGGGUGUCCCAAACGAGGACAUGAUGAAGAACGCCCCCCACGUAGGCAUCGCUACCGUCUGGUGGGAGGGCAACCCAUGCAAUACGCAUCUGCUGGACCUGGGCAAGAUUGUCAAGAAGGCCGUCCAGAAGCAGAACAUGCUGGCAUGGCAGUACAAUACCAUUGGCGUCUCUGACGGCAUCACCAUGGGCGGAGAGGGCAUGCGCUUCUCGCUCCAGAGCCGCGAAAUCAUCGCCGACAGCAUCGAAACGGUGACGUGCGCCCAGCACCACGACGCCAACAUCAGCAUCCCGGGCUGCGACAAGAACAUGCCCGGCGUGAUCAUGGCGGCCGCGCGCCACAACCGGCCCUUCGUCAUGAUUUACGGCGGCACCAUCCGCAAGGGCCACUCCAAGCUCCUCGACAAGGACAUCAACAUCACCACGUGCUACGAGGCGGCCGGCGCCUUCGCCUACAACAAACUAACCACCAAGUGCAGAAGCGGCCCCGGCGCGGCCGCCACGCCGUCCGACGUCAUGGCCGACAUCGAGCGGCACGCCUGCCCCAGCGCCGGCGCCUGCGGCGGCAUGUACACGGCCAACACCAUGGCCACGGCCAUCGAGGCCAUGGGCCUGUCGCUGCCGGGCUCGUCGUCGUACCCGGCCACGUCGCCCGAGAAGAGCCGCGAGUGCGAGCGCGCCGCCGAGGCCGUCCGCACGUGCAUGGAGAAGGACAUCCGGCCGCGCGACCUGCUGACGCGUGCCGCCUUCGAGAACGCCCUCGUGCUCACCAUGGUGCUCGGCGGCAGCACCAACGGCGUGCUGCACUUCCUGGCCAUGGCCAGCACGGCCGACGUGCCGCUGACCCUCGACGACGUGGCGCGCACGUCGAACCGCACGCCGUUCCUGGCCAACCUGGCGCCCUCGGGCCGAUUCCUCAUGGAGGACCUGUACGAGGUCGGCGGCACGCCGUCGGUGCUCAAGCUGCUCAUCGCGGCGGGCAUGAUCGAUGGCUCCGUCAUGACGGUGACGGGGUGCACGCUCGCCGACAACGUGGCCUCGUGGCCGUCGCUAGACCCGGGCCAGACGCUGAUCCGCCCCCUGUCGGACCCCAUCAAGCCGUCGGGCCACAUCCGCGUGCUGCACGGCAACCUGUCGCCGGGCGGCGCCGUGGCCAAGAUCACGGGCAAGGAGGGCCUGUCGUUCACGGGGCGCGCGCGCGUCUUCGACAAGGAGCAGCGGCUCAACGACGCGCUGGCGCGCGGCGCCAUCCGCCCCGACGACGGCAACCAGGUGCUGAUAGUGCGGUACGAGGGGCCCAAGGGCGGCCCCGGCAUGCCCGAGCAGCUGCAGGCCAGCGCGGCCAUCAUGGGGGCGGGGCUGGCAGGGUGCGUGGCGCUAGUGACCGACGGCCGGUACAGCGGGGCGAGCCACGGCUUCAUCGUCGGCCACGUCGUGCCCGAGGCCGCCGUCGGCGGCAACAUCGCCCUCGUGCGCGACGGCGACACCAUCACCAUCGACGCCGUCGCCAACCGCAUCGACGUCGUCGCCGUGGUGGGGGGAACAGCCGACGCCGACGCCACCGCCGAGGAUGCCGCUGCUGCUGUCGAGCGCGAGCUCGAGCGCAGGCGCGCCGAGUGGACGCCGCCCAAGAUGGCGCCCGUCCGUGGCGUGCUCGCAAAGUACGCCCGCCUUGUCGGCGACGCUUCCCACGGCGCCGUCACCGACGUUGGCGAGUCCGCCUGGUAGGUUUGUGGGGUGCUGGCUGGGUUGGCGUUUGGGAAAGUUUUCGUUUUUUUUAGGAAGGGAGAGGCUGGGGCGGAGGUCGGCUAUAGAAAAAAAAAGAGGGGGGAUGGUUGGGUGUUACAGGCCGUUUUCGUUUCUUUUGUAACUAGAGGUUAUUAGAGGGAAGUGUUACUGCUUCGCCCCAUUUGCACCCAGAAUUUGACCUGAAUCAACCAUGUAUCGGUGCAUGCUUCCCAUGCCUUGGUUUUUAUCUCGUAGGGGUUUCCCGAAAUGUCCGAGACGUCUGCC